ACCAUGCUUCAAUUCACAUUACAAUCUUUGUCCUUUGACUCUUAUUAUAUAAUCAUUGUAGUAAAUAUUGGCUACCUUUGUCUUUUAAAACAUAUUCAUUCUUUUUUGUUUUAGUCGGCUACGAGACUCUCAUUCUGUCAGCUGUCUUCAACAGCUGACACAACCACUGUGGCCUAGCAGCUGGUGCGAGCUAAAGUCUUUUACUUUAAAUCUAGUUUUUCAGACGUAAAACUAAAAGCUGAUUUUUAGAUCUGUGAGGACUGCAGUGUUUUUCUUAUCUGUAUUGGGUCAAAUAACCUAGCAGGUGGUUACCUGUCACAGGUUGUUUGCUCUUGUUUGAGGUGUAGAGUAACAAGAAAGCGACAUGUUUUUACUUUCAGAGAAUUGAAGUCUGCCAGAUAGUAGCUUUUGUUACUCUGACAAAAUUAGACAUCAUGCAAGAAAGUAGCUGCUAUUAUACUGACAGGAUCGUAUUUCCUUGUGGAGGCGGACUGCCAGGACUCGUAAAGGAUGGACAGCUUGGAUUGUGUGACAGCUGCAAAGUGGGGGGUGUGUUCGUAACUAUUUUUCCCCUGGAUUCACAGUGCAGAGCUGAGUGUGUGAAGGGCAAAAGAGAACCCGAUUUUCACAUAAGGCUGUGUCCGACAGUAUUUGCUGCUAUUGCCAAUUACUGCAGUUCAUAAAUACGUAUUCUUUCUCUCCCAUGCCAAAUAUUUUUCUUAAGACAGAAGAUCCUGUGGAUUUAUCACCCUUGGAGAGUCCUUGCAUUCCUGUCCACUGGUGCUUGGAGUUACUAGAAGAACUCUGGAUCAAGAUCAUGAAAUAACUGAGUGUUCUUUCAGCUGCCGUGUAGGAGUGGUGCUAGUGUCCAUUUGUUAAUGGAGCAAUAAUUUCCAAUGUCAAAGAAACGGGACAUUCCAACCUUGAAACACAGCCAGAACUUUCUUAGUUCUUCACUUUUUGCAGAUAAGCCGCUGUUGCCUAUUGUAAAAUUAGCCAGGAUGGGUGUGGAGCAGCCCGUGGCCCUGCUGAGCGAACUGGCGGCAUGUUGUCUUGGUAACACGUACUUUCGACGCCACUAUCACCUGUGGAUGGCUUUACUUGUUCUGAUGGGCCCUGGCCUGACUUACCAUGUUAGCCACAGUACAGUCUUUGCAAACAAGAGGAACUUCUUAUAUUUGUAUUUUCUCCGAUCAGGAUGGGGAUGGACCUGCCUGUUAACAGGUGGCUACCUUCUCCUUGUUUCCUAUUCUUCCUCUCGCAGCUUAGGCAUCUGCCUGCGUCAUAUGUUUCGGCUUGUGAUUGCUACCAUCUUCUGGAAGGCAGCGUUGUUGGGGUUUGCUUUGGUGGAGAACGCCACGGGGAGCUGCUUUGAGCCAAUACAAAACUAUGAAGGGUUAGAAGGAGGAGUGGCGCUCCUGCUGCAUGAGGCACAGAACAAAGCCGCCUGUCUCACAUCUGGUUUUGUAUGGCGUGGGUAUGACAUUUCUGAAGAUACUUUCCUACUGACUUUUGCUUCUCUAGUAAUGGCAGAAGAGAUGGCUGUCUUUAAACCCUACCUUGCUUGUCAUCUACCUGCUAGCACAGCUUUAAGGAUUGUCUUUCUUAUGUGUGCUGCCUUGUUGAUCCUAUGGAACUUCUUAUUGCUCUGCGUUCUUGUUUAUUUUCAGCGCUACACUCACAAGCUUUUAGGGGGUGCUCUUGCAACCUUAUGUUGGAGGCUCAUGUAUCACUGGUGGUAUAAAACUGGUGUAAGCUGGUACUCCCCGGGUAGGCCAGGAGUGGGUCUGUUUGAAAAGGCUGAUAAAGAAUAGCCAUUUUUGCAGAUUCUUAGUAAAAUGAAAUUGGUGUUUUUUUUCCAAGUGGCAGGUACCACUGCCUUCAUAUAUAAAAUGGUGCCUUUGUUUGCAAAUCAGAGGGCUCUGGUACAGAUGGAGCCAUUGAGCAAACCACAGAAGUUUAAUGCCAGCAUAUUCUCCUGAAACCAGCAAGGCAGAAUAAGGAAACUAGAAGAACAGUUAGAGGUUAACAUGUUCUAAUAUAGCAUCAGUUUAGGAAUACUCCACCUGAAAAUUACAUUUUUUAAUACUAGGGGGCUCUGCCCCCUGCUCUCUUCACUCGCCAACCCCCAUGCGGGCCCUACGUGCUACUAAUUUCCCAGAUCUGCCACUUGCGAUGAAUCGUGCUGUGCUUUUGGAUAAAAACGAAUAUCAACUCUGUCUUUGAUAUCUCCGUCUUUCGAAACUAUUAUCGCUGACAAUUCUUCACAUGUUGGUUUAUUAUAUAUGCGAGUUUAAUCUUUCAGAUUCGUAAAGAAAUCCAAGAAAACUUCUUUGUCCAUGUUUUUCAGAUAAAUUUUGUGUAAAGUGUGAUACUUCUGGACGUAUAGAUUUGUAUCCAUUAUUGGCUGUAGAAUUUCUAAUACGUCCGAUCGUUUAACUCUUUCGAUUCUAUGUUGCAUCGCUUCUCCGUGACCAUAAAUAUAAAACUGACCAAAUUGCGGUUUCUUUGAAAUUAAACUUGUAGUUGGUUCAAUUGUUGCGGGAAAACAGAUUCUCAUGGCGUAUGGUCCUGAAUUGUGUAAAUCUACGUUUUGAGCACUGUAUGAUGCAAAUGCGAACAGAUUAUUGUAGAUUUGGAUAUUUUGCCUGUAGAGUUUGUGGAUUUCACUUUCACCAAAUAACAAAUCUUUUAUUUCUCACAGAUACAACUCUUUAUUUGUAAGAAACACGACUUUUUCCUGAUGGCAACAUGAAUUAGACGAUCUGCAAGUCUCCAACUUAACUUUGAAAGCUGACCGAUAUCUACAUACUUCUGUCAUAUCACCUAUGUCCAUAUAUUCUCUUCUCGCUGUUCCAUUAUUUCACCAAGUAAUAAUUUCCGUUUGUUAGCAAUAAUUCCAUCUUUACUAUCAGUUUUUUGAGACUUACAAAUUUCUGUACUUUCAUAAUCUCUAGCUUGCUCUGCAGGUGUAUCGUGACAAACGUUUUUGAACCUCUUUACGACGUUCUACUUUGUCUUCUACUCUUUGUCUUUUCUUCUUCUAGUGUUUGUCAUUUAUUUUCGCCCCCAUUUGGACCUGUUCGGUUUUCAAUUCGUCUCUUGGCACAAAGUCUCGUCUUGCGGGACUUGAAAUUAUCUCUCUGAAAAUGUCUCGUCUCUUCUCUCUGAAAAAAAAGUCUUGUCUCAUCCCAAGAUUUUUUUAUAUAAUAGGGAGAUGUUACUUACCCCUUGUACUUUGUCGUGGUGGAUGACAAAAAAAAUUCUUACAUUUUCUUGUUGAAAGUAUGUAAGAGAGGUUCUCAUAAACUGGAUGGAUAAGUGACUAACAUUGGUCAGUGGCAAAGUUUGUGAAAAGCAUCCAUGUAAAAAAGAAAAAAAAGAAACACUCAUAUUGCGUAAUUCACUUAUCCUUUACACAUUUGCUAACUUAAAACAUGCAAAACAAAUGCAUUUUUGCUAAAAUGUUAGUUACUUCCUGUAUUAUCAGGGACUAUGUAAAAAGAAAAAAUGUAAAGACUCUCGGUCUUCAAGUGGUCUUCGUGGAUGUUUUUCAAAAUGUUUGCCACUGUCCAUCCCAUCUAUGAGAAUCCCUUAUGUACUUUCCCCAAGUAAAACUGAGAUUUAAAAUUUUCUCAGCCACCACUUCAAAGUAUAUGGGGUAAGCAACAUGUUCGGGUGGAGUAUUCUUAUAAGGACAACAUCAAAAUGUAAGCCCGGUCACUAUUUCGUCUGGAGCAUUGCUCGUGUGUCUGCUUCGUCGUUUACUUAAUUUUGUUUAUAUUAUAGACAUUUUGUGCAUUAUGUUAACGGUUUCUUACACAUAAAUGUGUUUAGUACCAUGUUUUUGUGGUUUUGCUGUCUUUUAUUGCUGUAUAAAUUAAUGCCUAAUUGCCUCUGUUCCAGAUUCGUGUUUUUAUAGAUGCCUGUUAUUUGAUCCAUCAAAGUCGCUGUUUAAAAAAAAAAAACCCACUGAAAAUAGUCCUGUGGGGUGAAGCCUAAGCUUGAAGUUCAGUUCUUUAGUCAGUAGUUCAUCUUACAUCUCACGCUGUAGACAUUUACUACCUACUGAACUUUAAAAUGGCAAAAAAAUGAAAUAAACUACAGAUAGGCUAAAGAUGGUCAAAAUGAACAUGAUGUUAACAGUUUGUGCUCCACAUGAAAUAGUAAACAUGAUAAACAUGUUUAAAGUUGAAUUUAAAUCAAUGAAGGGGAACCAAGAAUGGAAGACUAUUUAUUUUGGUAGUUGACCUUGUUGAUGGUUACCAAUAGUGUGCCAAAAUUUGAAUUGUGUGUUAAAAAUGCCCAUCAUAAAAAUAAUAAUCUUAUGUCAUAUACAUGACGUGAUUUUUUUAUUCAAAGCUAAGAAUCCAGGUCCCAUAGUCUAAACACUAGUAAGUUCAUGAUACACUGCAGUAGUAAACUUGUAGAAUUCAGAUUUUAGAAGUAAAUCAGGAGGUUUAAAAAAUGGGGAGUUGGCCUAUGUGACAAAUGGCUGCGUUAAAUGACACUACUGUUGUUCGUUCACAGAUCAGUGGUUAUAGGUCACACAUUACGAUAUGGAAUCCUGACAAGUCAAGGUGAAUGCUAAAUUUAACAGAUCUCUUUAAUACUCAAGCAGAAAUGAUGACUCUCUAAAUAUCCUACCACCCUGCUCUGAUUCAGGAUUUCUUAGCACUAAUUUAUGUGUUUGGCCUUUUAGGACAGGCCUCCUCCAACUUUGUAUACCUGCACUCUUAAAAAAUUUCUACCUAUUUGUUGUUGCCCACUUUCUCUGUCCUUCAGGUUAGAUGGGAGACGACUGGUGCAUCGCUGACUCUCCCUUUUUUGAUUGGGUUGAGGACUGCCCUUUGACUGUUACAUUUUUGAAGCCCCUCUAGUGUGGCUUACGUUGUAUUUGAUUCAGUCUGCUGCCAACUCCUUUUCCCCCUGGGCUUGUGUCUGUGCAGAGAAGCAUCCCUCUGGUGGGACACGGACACCUGUACACCUCAUGGCAGAGAUGUUACACUUGAGCUGUGUGUCAUGAUAGUGGACAUCAAGACCAAAGACUCAAUAUUUGAUGAAUGGAGUGCAAUGAAAGGCCAUCUUUCCACAAUAGAAACAACAUACCACAAGUAAGUGCUGAAGGCAUUUCCAGCGACUGUCGUUGUGUAUAGCAAGUCACUCAAGCGGAUGUUAUUUCUGCACUGUUUUCAACGGAUUACGACUCUUCUCAAUGUAUUCUGCUGUGACGGGGAGACAUUUUGAUUGUGCAUGUAACUCAGGUAUAUAUGAAACUGAACCUCAGCCAUUCAAGUGGUGUUCUGAUGGAGUGUGGGUUGAUAAACAGGGCAGUCCCACCUACUUUAUUUUCUGCAAAAGUUAAUGGUGAUAUUCAUAUAAUAUUUUAUAUGCAGUACAGUAUAUAGUUGAGUUAUUUAUUGUAAUACUUUUCAAAAAAAGAGCUGUUGGAGAAUUAAUUGUACACAUGAAAGUAACUAUUUAAAUAAAGGAGAUAUGUGAAGAAGUUUGUUGGUUAGUUUAAA